AUGCCUGAAAAAAUCACAAAAUCAUCCACAAUUCACUACGAUGACGAGAGUGAAACCUCAGAAGCACUUGAUGAUUAUGAUGAAUAUGACGAAAAGAAUGACGAUGACGUUAAGGAAAGUAGCGAUGAUUCAGAUGAAGAACUAAAAGAUAUAGGCGAAUUACUAGGUUUUCGCGUGACUGGCGGAAAGGACUUUUUCAUGCCAAUCACAAUUUUUCAUGUGAAGGAAAACAGUCGCGCAGAAAAGGCAAACUUAAAACUCGGUGAUGCAAUUUUAUCAAUCAAUGGAAGAGACACGGAAGAUAUGACAUUAGUUCAGGCAAAUAGAUAUCUUGGCAAAGUCGCAGGUGGUGAUGUAAUGCUUCAAGUCGCAAAAUUUGAUGCAAACGAAGAUGAUGAAGAUGUGCAAACGAUUGAAGAGGUUUUGCUUGAAGGUCCCGUAAGUCUUCAACAAAAGCUUCGUCAAAUGCAACAACAACUAUUGUCAACGAUGACAGAUAUUCCGCCACAAAUACAAUCAAAACUUGCAAUGGUUACGACAGCAUUAGAGCAAUUUAUGACAAUGGAUCCGGAUACACUUGAGUCAUCAUGGAAUCAUCAAAAUGAUGAGAAUGGAAAAUCAUCAUCAAUGGAACGUGAAGCAUCGUAUGAGGAUGAGAAGCAAUUUUCAACAAUUGAGGAAGAGGAAGUGGAUGAGGAUGAGAUGGAUAAGAACUUUGAGCACAUUGAAUUGGAUGAGAAUUUGUCAAGUACACGCGAGACUUCAUAUUCUUUUGAAGAUUUAGCUGUUGACGACGAUGAAAGGAAGCGACUUGAAAAUGGCAAUGACGAUGAUGAUGAUGAAGAUGAUUAUGAGAAUUGUGAGGAGGAGUCCAUUUGUGAGUCCAUAAAAUCAGAAGAAAUGAUAAAACUUGAUGCGGAGAAGAAGAAGAAAAAUGAAAAGAUUCAAACUUUACAAAAGUCGUGGCAAAAGUUAUGCGAAAAUCAAAAGACCAUCCACAAACGCAGCAACUGCCAUUUAGUGCCAAGUGUAGCUUUACUCCAUAACAAGAUUAAUCAACUCAACGAGUCGAAAGUCAUUUCAUUUUAUGAGCGAAAGAGAAGUCCCUAA